AACAAAGUGGACGGAAAGAGAAAUAUACAAAAGCUUCUGGAAGCGUCUUUAUCUGCUACUAUAAUAAACCAUCUUUCAUCUCUAGGGUUUCGUUAUCCUCUUCAUCUCCAUUUUGCUACCUACCAACUAAAUUUCUCCGCUCCAUUUGGAAAUGGCAGCUGCUCAGAUGACCGCCGCCGCAUCUUCAAGCGUUUUUCUACCAUCAUUUGAAGGUCUUAAGUCGUCAACAAUCAAGGUUUCAUCCGCGUCCUUUAGAAUGGGUGGUGGUUUAACUCUCAGAUCAACCCGUGGACUCGUUGUCAAAGCUGCCACUACUGUCGCUCCUAAGUACACUACAUUGAAGCCAUUGGGUGACAGAGUAUUGAUUAAAAUCAAGGCAGCAGAAGAGAAGUCUGCAGGUGGUAUUUUACUCCCUUCAACAGCUCAAACAAAACCUCAAGGAGGCGAAGUAGUUGCUGUAGGAGAAGGCAGGACAGUUGGCCAAAACAAGGUGGACAUAAGUGUAAAGACUGGAACACCAGUUGUGUAUUCCAAGUAUGCUGGAACAGAGGUUGAGUUCAAUGGGACAAACCAUCUGUUACUAAAGGAAGAUGAUAUUGUUGGUAUACUUGAGACAGAUGACGUCAAGGAUUUGAAGCCUCUUAAUGACAGAGUCCUAAUCAAGGUCACAGAGGCGGAGCUAACUACAGCUGGUGGCUUGUUGCUCACACAAGCAAGCAAAGAGAAACCCUCCAUUGGCACUGUGAUUGCGGUGGGGCCGGGUCCGUUGGAUGAGGAAGGGAAAAGAAAAGAGCUGACGGUGUCUCUAGGGAACACUGUUUUGUACUCGAAGUAUGUGGGGAAUGAUUUCAAAGGGAGUGAUGGUUCAGAGUACAUUGCUCUAAGGGCAUCAGAUGUCAUGGCUGUUCUUUCAUAGAUUGUGUGUUUGUGGUUAAGUGCUUUAGGGAAACUGGUAAUGAAAUAAGACCUUGAAAGAACAUUUUUGGCAUGUGAGUGGCUUCUGUGAGGCUUAAAUUUGUAGUCUAUAACGUUAUUUAUGCAGAAAUUGAAUUCAAUAUAAAAUUAGUACUAAAUUUGAAAAAGGGAUACGUAAAAUGGUUGUUUGGCAAGUCAAUUAGAAUGGGUCAACUGCAACCAUGAUUAGUAAUAUCCUAAUUCUUCUAUUGGAGGUGACGCUAAUGGAUGACAAGGUUUUGUAAGUAAAUAAGUAGCAAUGAUGAGACAACAUUUUAUUGGUAUUGGGGAGAUUAAUAUUGGUUUUGAUUCGAUUAAUGGAGAGAUGGUAUACAACGUAUUAAAUUAU